AUGGAAGAGCAAAUGAUUUUGCAACAAGACCUUCAAGAAGGUCGACACCUUGAAGAAAAAAAAGCUGAAAAUGAAACAAAUCUAAAUAACGCUAACAUUUGUAUAGAGGAGUUGGAAGCAAGAGAAAAAAAACUAAAGGGCGAAUAUGACGCUGCCUAUUGUGAGAAAGAGGCAACAGUAAGAAAUAAUAAACAGAUUGCAAAAGAGGAAAACGACAAAGUGAACCAAAGUAAACAAAAAAUCGAAGACCUCGAGAAACUUCAAGAUGAAAUAGAUAAUUAUUGUUUAAGAAAUAAUGAGGACCGAUUAAAAAAGGAGAACGAGAAAUUAGACAGAUUACAAGUUGAAGAGCAAGAAGCAUUGCAGGAUAAUAUUUUGUUAAGAGAAAAACAGGUUCAGGAGAAAGAAUUGGAGUUUCAAAUUGAUAAACAAAAAAUCCAAAUUGGGCACCACAAUUACAAAGAAGAAAAAAGCAAUCUUUUGAAUGAAGAAGAAAAAAUAUUACAAGAAAUAAAUAACAUAAAAGGGGAAAAAGACGCUAUAGCAAAACACGUUGAAGGUUAUAAGAAUGAACAAGAAAAGCCAACAAAUAAAAAUGCUUACAAAGAAUAUAAAAGAAAAUUAUUCGAAUAUCACAUUGAAAAGAAUCUAAAUUGCGUUUUGCAGAAGUUCGCAAUAGUUCUGGAAAAGUCGAUACUUCGUUUUCACAAAGAUAGAAUGGCGCAUAUUAACAAGGCGAUAAGAGAGCUGUGGCGGGCCAUAUAUCGCGGAAAUGAUAUAGAUCACAGUGAAAUAAAAACGGAAAAUGAUAUUGGUACCGAGAAAAAAAGGAGCUAUCAGUACAAGGUGGUGCAGGUGAAGAAGGGCGUGGAAAUCGACAUGAGGACCCGGUGCAGUGCUGGCCAACGGGUGCUGGCUUCUUUGGUCAUCAGGAUGGCCUUGGCCGAAACAUUCUCAACGCAUUGCGGUAUCUUGGCUCUCGAUGAACCCACCACCAAUUUGGACAGACAAAACAUUUUAAGUUUAAGUGAUGCUCUGGUCGGUUUAAUUGAUUCCAGGAAAGAUGAAAAGAACUUUCAAUUGUUGAUUAUUACACAUGAUGAAGAGUUUUUAAAUACCCUGACUAGAGUUCAAAGCAUUCCACACUAUUGGAAAGUUUCCAGAAAUAAUGAGGGGUUCUCUGUUAUAAACAAAGUUUCCAUGUAGAUUGUAAAUACACGUUUUUUAUCAAUUAUUUUUAAUCAAAUAA